CCUCUCUCUCCUCUUUCUCGCAGCUUUGCGUCGCCAAGUGUAUAAGCCCCCCUGGUCUCUAUUUUUGGAAGGCCAGUGGCCAUUUUUCUCCCGCUUUUCUUUGUGUUUUGUACAUUUUUUAUUAUUAUUAUUUUGACCGCGAUGUGAGCAUCCCCGCAAUUGCGUAGGUAUAGAUGUUUAGGUUUUUUUGGAAUGGAAGAUUCCUUCCUGCUGCACGCCUCGCCUUUCCCGACCGCGUUUCAAUCCCCCCUGAAACCCGUUUUUGAGAUGAAGAUCGGGAGGAAGCUUUAGCCCGCAGCCGGGUGGAGGGGAGGGGUGGGGGGGAGGAUCCGGAUUGCGUUCGGGGCCUGUACACGGACCCGAGCUGCGUGGAAAACCGAUUUGACCGCGUUUUCCUUCUCUGCGAUGCACGGACCCUGCAAGGAGAGCUGAUUAGUUGCCAGAUUCACAGAUUUCCCUCUCGCUGUUCCUGACCAACGCGGCGCCGACCCUCGCCAGGCAUCAUGGGUACCGUGCUGUCCCUCUCCCCCAGCUACCGCAAGGCCGCCCUGUUCGAGGACGGCCCGGCCACAGUUGGCCACUACACGGCCGUGCAGAACAGCAAGAACUCGAAGGACGCCGCCGCCGCCGCCAAGUCCCUCAAGCGUCCCUCCAUCAUCAGCGUGCUGCCAUGGAAACGCAUCGUGGCCGUGUCGGCGAAGAGGAAGGGCUCCAAGAAGCUGCAGUCCGACGGCGGCGACGGCGGGAAAGGAUGCUCUCCAGACGAGGACGCUGUGGUGGUCUCUGAGUCCAACAGCUUGAAGCUGAAGAAGUCCCAGUCCUGCGCCAACCUCUCCUCUUACGCUUCCGGCCAAGAUCCCUCGGCCAUCACCACGACUACCUCUUCCCACCUGCCCACCUCCAAGACCCUGAUCAAUGUAGCUACAGUAGCUGCCAAAAAGAAUUCCCUAACAGGAUGUGGGAUCCAGACUUCGACUGCGGUCGGCACACCAAAGCGUGUCAUUGUCCAGGCCUCUACCAGCGAACUGAUGCGCAGCCUGGGCGAAUUCCUGUGCCGCCGCUGCUACCGACUGAAGCGUCUCUCUCCCACCGACCCGGUCCUGUGGCUGCGCAGCGUGGACCGUUCCCUCCUCCUUCAGGGCUGGCAGGACCAGGGCUUCAUCACCCCCGCCAACGUGGUCUUCCUCUACAUGCUGUGCCGCGACGUGGUCUCCUCCGAGGUAGCCUCGGAGCGCGAGCUGCAGGCCUCGCUGCUCACAUGCCUCUACCUGUCCUAUUCCUACAUGGGCAACGAGAUCUCCUACCCGCUCAAGCCCUUCUUGGUCGAGGCUGAGAAGGAGGCCUUCUGGGACCGCUGCCUGGAGAUCAUCAACCGCAUGAGCGGCAAGAUGCUCCAGAUCAACACCGACCCGCACUUCUUCACCCAGGUGUUUGCCGACCUGAAGAAUGAGAGCAAGAAAGAAGAGGAGAAGACCAAACUCUUUAUAGGCCUUGAUCGGUAAAACCAAGUGGGAGGAAGAAGAUCGAGGGUGUUAAUAUGUCCGGACUACUUUGAAACAGUGGUGUUGUCUGGCGUCUCUAAUGUGUUAUGCUUCUGACAUAAUGGCGGAACUUGUUAUUAACACGUUUGACAAAAAAAGAUCAAACAUUAUCUGCUAAGUGGAUUUAAUUAGUCUGUGAAGACUACUGUGCUCGGCACAGGUAAGAUCGUACACCGACUCGGUCAGGGGUGUCCAGAUUUUUCCGUCAACUGAUACGUUUUGUACAUAAACGAUGCUAAAACCAACCUGAACAAGGGACUCAUAAUACCAAGAUUCUCAGUCAUCCAGAGUAACAGUAGUCCCAAAAGUUGAAUCUGGAGAAAAACGCGCCAUCUACUUGUGUCCUCUUUGAAUCGAAGAGUGCCCGCGAACGACUCGUUUCUCCAACAACGCCCCGUUUGUGACCUCACUUGCCUUGGACAUAAACACUGGUACCUCGACUUAAGUUUGUUUCUGAGAUAAGAGCUGUCUCUCAGCUAAUUGCUACGCUUUAAAUUGCAAGUUAAAACUUGAGUUACAAGCCUCCCCACCAACCCAGCAGGCUCAAGACAUUGAUACGACGUUGAUUAUACGUACAUGUCCUUUCAAACUGACUGUGAAACAACGUUGCAAAAUAGUUGCAUCCGUAUAUUAAGACGACAUUGAUGUCCAACGUUGGGUCCACGUUGUUGGUUGGGAAAUAACCAAAAUCCAAUGGUCAAAUCAAUAUCACAACCUGACGUUGAAUAAACGUCCCCAAAAAGCAUGUUUUUUUACAACGUUUCAUUUGUGUUGUAGAAUUUCGGUUGGUAAAAUUACCAAAAUUCAACGAUCAAAUAAACGUCAGAGCCCAACAUUGAUUAAACGUUAUCAAAAAGCAUGUUUUUUCAACGUUUCAUUUGUUGAAUAGAAUUUUGGUUGGUAAAAUUACCAAAAUUCAACGGUCAAAUCAACAUCAAAUCCCAACAUUGAUAAAACGCUGUAUUUGUGUUGUAGAACUUUGGUUUGUAAAAUGACAAAAAUUCAACGGUCAUAUCAACGUCAGAACACAACAUUGAUGAAUCGUCGCCAAAAAGCAUGUUGUUUCAACGUUGUAUUCGUGUUGUAGAUUUUUUGUUUGGUAAAACGACCAAAAUCCAACGGUCAAAUCAAUGCCAGAGCCCAACAUUGAUUUAACAUCAUCAAAAGGCAUGUUGUUUCAACGUUGUAUUUGUGUUGUAGAACUUUGGUUGGUAAAAUGACCUAAAAUUCAACGGUCACAUCCUCAUCAGACCUCAACAUUGAUUAAACGUUGUAUUUGUUUUGUACAACUUUGGUUGGUAAAAUGACCAAAAUUCAAAGGUCAAAUCUACGUCAGAACACAACAUUGAUGAAUCGUCGCCAAAAAGCAUGUUGUUUCAACGUUGUAUUCGUGUUGUAGAAUUUUGGUUGGUAAAAUGACUAAAAUCCAACGGUCAAAUCAACGUCAGAACCCAACAUUGAUUUAAAAUCAUCAAAAAGCAUGUUGUUUCAACGUUGUAUUUGUGUUGCAUAACUUUGGCUGGUAAAAUGACCAAAAUUCAACGGUCAAAUCAACGUUAGAACACAACAUUGAUGAAAUGUCGCCAAAAAUUAUGUAGUUUCAACGUUGUAUUCGUGUUGUAGAAUUUUGGUUGGUAAAACGACCAAAAUUCAAUGGUCACAUCAACGUCAGAACCCAACAUUGAUGAAAUGUUGGCAAAAAGCAUGUUGUUUCAACGUUAUGUUUGAGUUGCUCAACAAAAUGACCUAAUUUAACAAGUUCUCAACGUUGUUUCAAUGUCUUGUUCCUGCUGGGAUUAGUUGGCAUAGCGAAUGCCAAAGCGUAGCCCGUAAGAUCUGCCCAAAACGUCUGGUCUUACUCACUCGCAUUAGCCCAUAGCUAGAUAUGGACAUAACUUCAAUUCCAACCAUUGGAACAAAGAAAGUGAGAGCAGAAGAAGUGGAUGAAAUACAUUUGGUCGAAUAAAUAAAUAAUCGAAAACAUGACAGAGCGUGUUUCGAGCCAAGAGUGGUAAGAUGGUAAAAUAUUAUCUAAUUAGUGGACUGUAGAGGUCACCCUCUAGUGGGUUCUUCAGACCACCACAGACAGAUUCUACUUCAAUGGUGAAAAGUCUUUUGCUUUUCAGCACGGUGUCUUUUCUGCGUAACAAGGCCCACCUGGGCCAUCUACACACCUGCGGCUGUCUUAGAGGCCACGCCCCCACUCCACAUGGACAUUCAUCCAUGAAAAUAUGGAGAAGCUACAAGUAAAAGGUCAAUUCUGGAGAAUAUUCUUACAUUUCUUCAUACAACUAUUGUAGUUGUUCUUAGUACAUUCUAUUAUUCGUGUAUAGUUUUUCCGAUUCCAUUGAUUUCAAUUCACUCCAAUGGGUAACAUUUAUUUGAGAUACAAGUGUUUUGAGUUAAGAGCAAUUCAGUUUUUAAGUUGAGGCACUACUGUAUUGGGAAUCUCGUCUCUUCGUCUUCAACAAACAAGACGAGUCCAGUGCCUCGAUUCAACCGUAAUCUCAUUAGUAACAGAUUUUACUUUAGAAAUAUUUCGAGGGCCAAUAAAAGGAGGGCUCCGGGUUGAUAACGCACUUUGGACACCCCUGUACUGUUGCAUUUUUUCUGGCCCAAUUUGGCGCCAACAAAGACUUCACAGGCUGCGUUGUUUCAGUGAGCUCAGAACGUGAUCGUGUUGACGCAGCCGGGAUUUUUGUGACUGAACGAUUAGAAACACCAGACAACACGCGGUUGUACAAGUCCAGCCGAGUAGUCCACGUAAUCGUGGAGUCCCAGGAUACCACGUUGCAUGAGGUUCACUUCAUGAGUCACCACACAUGGCCGCCUGCUUAUUGCCAACUCCACUUCACCUUAGUCCUAUUCUCAUUUUUGAAGUCGAUUGCACUCAUCAACACUGAAGCCCACUGUUGACGCUUAUAAAGCUUAUGAUCCAAAACAACAAGUUAGAUUUAGUAAUAGUAGUCGGCUUAUUUUUAAGGCGUUCUUAUUUGGUAGGAGUCGAAGCUGCUUGGAGUUUCUACAGCAUAAGAGCACAUGUUACAGUGGAAGCAGUUUAAGUCUGUGCCGUUUAUGCCGAAAGCCCGUCUGUGUGGUCCUGGUCCACAGUUUUUCCUGUUAGUAAGGUUGCAGCUAUAGAUCUAUUGAUUGAUUUGCUUGAUUAUUCGAGUAAUUCCAUUAAACACACUGUAUCCUCAAUAAGAAAAAAUAUUUUGAAUCAGGGGACCCCAAACUACGGCCCUCCACCAGCGUCCAAAAUCCGGCCGGCUGGAAACAUUUUUUUUACAAUUUUAAAUUGUUAUUUUUUUCAAAUUGUAAUUUUCAAAAUCUCUCCUUUUAUAGC